AAUUAACCUCGUUUUGUCACGAGUUUUGAAAUGGUGUUAAAAAAUUGCAAAACGACAAAAUGAGGGGUCCCCGAAUAAAAAAAACCAUAACAAUUGACAGUAAUCGUCCUUCAAUUGACACAAAACAACUCUAACCUAAGAUCGGUUCGAAAAACGAUUUAUCCUCCCACAAGGUCUGUAAUCAAAUGACCCCAAGUAGUGUAGAUGAAAAACACCGUGUAAAAUCAUCAUAAUUGUGAUAAAGUUUUGUUUCUGAUAAUGUGAUAAGGCGUUACGUCAUUUUAAAUGUCAUUGUCAAUUUUGGUGGACAGGACCGGUCCGGGAUAUUUUCAGGCCCUAAUUAUGCCGUGUCAUUCAAUGACCAGGGUCACCUUUGGCCACCUCGCAGAUUUACCACAAAAACCUAAAGUGAUUACUAAAACAAACUUGAUAAUAAAUUACGAAAAAGUGUCAGUGGUGUGGAAAUGGUGACCUUGGGGGGGAAUCACUAAACUUGAUUCGCUUCAGUUUGCUAUUUCGCACCGAUUCGAUCACACCUCAAGGUUUAGCGACUCUUAAUUAAUUUCUUUAAAGUGUUUGUAGAAAAAACAGUGUAUAACAUCGUAUAAAUUUUAAUUUGAUAAGAGUUAUCGAGCCAGACAACAAUGAAGCAAAUUGCACCAAUUACGAUUUAAUUGUUCCUUAAACCGUCUCAGAGUGGGGCUACUUAUCACUGUGCCACGCUAUUUGAAGAUAAAACUAUCGAAAUAUCGGUCAGUCAUCGCCUGCUCGCCGGAAUGUGUGAACCUCCACCAUGAAGAAAGACAUUACGGACCUGAACGGUGUGGUGGAAAAUGGAAUGUCGGCUGGGUUGAGUGUCAGAAGGCCGGUUUACCAACUCGAGGAUUUGAACAGAGACACCGACUAUGAAACACCGCACACUACAUUUGCCCAGGAUUGUGGGCGCAAAUUCCGGGCUUGCCGACCAUUUACUUGUCUCUACUACUCGAUUCCGGUGCUCAAAUGGCUCCCGAAGUACAGUUGCAAGAAAAACAUCUUUGGGGAUAUUAUAAGUGGGAUCACGGUCGCCAUCAUGCACAUACCGCAGGGUAUGGCUUACGGCCUCCUCGGAAACGUCCCCCCCGUCGUGGGCAUCUACAUGGCCUUCUUCCCCGUUCUCAUCUACUUCAUUUUUGGCACAUCUCGUCACGUCUCGAUAGGUACCUUUGCCAUCGUUUGUCUAAUGACCGGUAAAGUGGUCAACCAAUACAGCAGUAUUGAAAUCCUCCAAAACGGCACUGUAGUCACCACCCCAUCCCCCAACCCCGAAAUGCCACUCUACACCAAUGUCGAAGUUGCGACAACAGUCACAUUCGCAGUAGCCAUGAUCCAACUAGUGAUGUAUUUUCUCCGACUUGGAGUCGUCUCGACUCUACUUAGUGAAACUCUAGUGAACGGUUUCACGUGUGCUUCGGCUUUCCACGUGGUCUCAUCACAAAUCAAAGAUCUGUUCGGGAUUCCGAUUAAGAAGCGACGAGGCAAUUUCGGCUUCCCUUUGACGAUUUAUGACUCGAUUUUCGCCUUGUCAAAGGCCAAUCCCUACGCCUGUGGCAUGACGGCGGUCUCCUGCGUCCUCCUCAUUCUCAAUAACGAAGUUUUGAAGCCCUUUUUGGCCAAGAAGACGAAAAUUCCGUUUCCAAUCGAGUUGUUGGCGGUGGUUUUGGGUACAGCCUCCAGCUAUUUCUUCGAGUUGGACACGAAGUAUGACAUUUCGGUGGUGGGGCAUAUUCCGACAGGGUUUCCGGCCCCCACACCCCCGGCUUUUGCCCUCAUGCCGGAUAUUUUAGUCGAUGCGUUUGUCAUAACGAUGGUUUCGUACACAGUAACCAUGUCCAUGGCCUUGAUUUUUGCAAGAAAGCUCUUCUACGAGGUGGAUUCCAACCAGGAGUUGCUCGCCUUGGGUUUGAGUAACACCAUGGGAUCUUUCUUCGCCUGUAUGCCGGUCACAGCCUCCCUCUCCCGUUCCAUGAUCCAGGAAGCCGUCGGUGGAGUGACACAAAUCGCCUCAAUAGUCUCUUGUAGCAUCCUCUUGGUCAUCCUCCUCUGGAUCGGCCCUCUCUUCGAGACUCUCCCUCGGUGUGUCUUAGCUAGCAUCAUCGUGGUGGCCCUCAAAGGCAUGCUCUUCCAAUGCCAAUCCAUCGUCAAGUAUUGGAAAUUGAGUAAAUGGGACACUUUGGUCUGGGUUGUCACUUUCUGUACCACUUUAUUUAUCCAAAUUGGAUACGGAUUGGCUGCAGGAGUGGCCGUUUCAUUAUUGAGUGUUUUCAUACAAGGGUAUAAACCGUAUACUUGCCUCCUGGGGGUUGUACCAAACACAGAUCUGUACUUGGAUAUUAAACGGUACAAAAAGGCACAAGAAAUUCCAGGGGUGAAGAUUUUUAGGUACUCAGGGGGGCUGAGUUUUGCCUCAAGGAGCGCUUUUAAGGAGUUGUUGAGUAGGAAAAUCGGUUUUGAUCCGGCGAGUGUGCUCAGGAAAAGGGCCAGGCUUGAGGAGGCACCCUCAACGUCCACCACUUGCACCGAGGACUUCGACUUGCUCACCCGCUGCAUAAUUUUGGACUUCGCUGCGUUAACCUUCGUGGACCCCUCCGGCGUGGACUUACUCCGCCAACUCCAGAGCGAUUAUGCCAAACUCGAUAUAGCGCUCUACAUAGCGGCUUGUUCAGGGCCGGUGUAUGAAAAAUUCAUCAUCUGUGAUCAACAAGAAGGCAUCGAGAGCAAGUUUAUGAUCUUCCCGACGAUUCACGAUGCCGUUCUCUUUGCUCAAUCAAGUGUCUUAAGGACUAAACAAAUUUAAAUAAGUGAAAGUAUUAGAGAUUUUAUUUUUGUUAUUGUAUAUUUCGUACUUAGAAAGAGUUACCACUUGUUAUUUAUUUGAAGAUUUUUAAUAAAUGAGUAAGAAGCAAAUGGGA